AUGGAAUCAAAAGAAGAAUCAGUUUUGGAAUCAAAAGAACAUGAUGUUUCCGACGACGAGAUUAUUGAAGAUGAAGAAGGGAUAUUUGCAGACGAGGAAGAAGACAACACAGUUUAUACCGUGAAUGUAACGCCUAUAACAUUACCAACAACUACAAUAAUCCAAACACCAGGGGGAUCAGAGUUUUUUGCGCCAAUAGUAGAUCCAAGAAUGUUACCGGUCAAGGGAAAUAUUUAUGGAACACUAGAAAAUUGUGAAGCAUUUUAUAAAGAGUAUGCUUCUCAUGCUGGAUUUGAUGUUAGGAAAUCUUGUCAGAAAACUACUAGGUCUGGAUGGAUCAAACAAAAGUAUUAUCUUUGUAGCAGGCAAGGAACACCCAAGAAUGUUUCACUUGAUACUUUAGAAACAAAAGAAAAACAAAUUAGGAAGAGUACUCAUGAAUGCACUGGAUGUAGAGCUAGAAUUAGAUUUGAUUGGAUAUUUGAUACCGAAAGCUACAGAGUAGGUCUUUUUGAACCACAUCACAACCAUGAGAUGCUUCGUCAAGAGUACAGGCACUUAUCAAGGACCGAAAGACAACUAAAAUAUGCCGAGCAAAUUUUUGUGUACAAUGCACACCUUGCAAACAUUGGACCAACAAAAGCUCAUCAGUUGUACAGUAACAUGAAAGGGAGCUAUCAGAAUGUGAACGGGACAGUUGACGACUUCAGAAAUUGGAAAAGAGACCUGCAUGUCUUUAUUAAUGAAAGUGACUCUCAAAUGUUAGUUAACAAAAUGGAGGAGAGAAGGGAGUACAUUCCAGGGUUUUCGUUUGAAUAUAUUCUUGAUGACAGUCAAUUGCACUCACUUUUCUGGGCUGAUGAGGUGGCGAGGGUCAACUAUGAGGAAUUCAGUGACAUUAUGUCGUUUGAUGCGACAUACUGA